UUUAUUAUGAUUUUUUUUACAGUUUAAAAAAUGUAAUCUGCAUUUUAAAAAUAUUAUUUAAUCUGCGAAUUUUCCUGCCUGUUCUAAACAUUUUUGUGUACAUUCCCAGACGCACGCCCCUCCCGUCAGAGCGAAUCUCUUUUGAUUGACAUCUACCUUGACCAAUCACAGCAACCGAAUGUUUGUGAGGGGCGGGAUUUCCUUCAGCUUCAUCGCUGGAUGAUCUGCUGCAGCUCUAGGUGACACGUAACGAAAGGUACGCUCGGGCCGCUCCAAACUUCAGAUAAUUAACAAAAAGACCGCUUUUCACUAUGUAAAAAAAGUCCACAGAGCUUCGACCGAGCACGAGGACCGAGCACGACCGCGUUCCGUCACUUUUUUUUUUUAAUCUGUUGAAUGUCUUUGGAAAACUUGGCGGAGCGCGAGACUUUUGUAAACAUUUAGCAACUGCCCGCGAAUAUAAUGUUUCAUGAGGAAUCUCGGAGGGGACGGAGUUGUUUCUGUGCCGAAGAGUGAAGAGAAAAUCGUUCCCUGGAAAGUUUCUGUGGAAUCCAGGAGAGGAGGGAACAUGGGCAACGGCGUGUGCUCCAGGAAGCAGAAGAAGAUUUUCCAGUCUCUGCUGCUGGUCACGGUGGUGUUUGGCAUGAUAUACGGUGGGAUGUUUUCUUACGAGAUGCACAAACAGCUGAAGAGGACGGAGGAGAUGGCCGUGAAAUACCAGCAGCACCAGGAGUCUCUUUCCGCUCAGCUUCAAGUGGUAUAUGAGCAUCAUUCUAAACUAGAGAAAUCCCUCCAGAAGGAAAGGCUUGAGCAUAAGAAGGCUGAAGAGGAUUUGCUUGUGUUUAAGCGGGAAUCACAGAAGGCCCUCAACAAAGAAAAGCAAGAAUCAACCUAUCGACUGAAUGCCCUGCAGACAGAGCAUCAAAUACUGAAGUCCCAGCAUGAAGACUUGAAGAUGCAAUACUAUGAACUUCAAGAGAAGCACCAGAAUCAAGGGCAGCAUCAUGAACGUGUUCUGGAUGAGCACAGGUUGGAAAUAGACAACCUGCAGAGGGAGAAGGAGGUUGAAAUUUCCAGACUGAAAGAGAAUGUGUACAACCUUCGAGAGGAGAACAGACAGCUGCGGAAAGCUCAUCAGGACUACGCACAGUUACUUGAUGUGCAGCUGAAGUGCUGCAUCAUCAAGGCCAGAGGAGACCGACUUAAUCAGGACAGCAGCCUGGAUCUCAUUUACAAGUGGCUCUUCAGCUGCGGAUUUGAUAGGCCUUCCUUUUAA